CAUUUGAUUUGCUGUGUUCAGUGAAAAGCUAUCAAAAGACAUCAAACUAGUUUGGUAAAAUCGGUGAAAGUGAAUCGUCUAUAAUGGACUACCAACAUGUUCUGGUCUAUUUCAUGUGGACUUUCACUGCAGUUUCCGCACAGGAUGUGAAAUAUUUCCUGAAGGGUCACGACAUACACUUGAUGCCAUCCAUCUCUGAACGACCUAUUGAAUCUAUCUGGCUACAUAAUGAAAAUGAUGUGGUAUUUUUUACUGGCACGGAGGACUUUGUGAAUUCUUCUUACAAGAACAGAAUCACUCUGGACCGGGUCUCUGCAGAACUCACCAUCAAAAACGCCACAUAUGAAGACAGUGGAGUCUAUCACCUUGGAAUGGACAUAAACAACGAGCUGCAUACUUUCCAGUGUACAAUUGAAGUUAUAGACAAAGUAUCCAAACCCAACAUAUCCUGUGAGAUGAGCGACACAAAGCAGGCGACACUUGUGUGCUCAACAGAGUCCAAACAUCCUCAUUUAUUAAAGUUUAAGUGGAGCUCACCAGGAAAGGAGCAGACUGGACCAAAUUUAAAAAUAACUGUCAGGAAUGAAGAUGAUGAUCAAGUUUAUCGUUGUGAUGUCAGCAACCCUCUGACCAAUGAAACGGCUUCAUUCACCGCUAAGGACUGCUUCCUGGGUAAAAGAUCAGAUGGUCAACUGAUUUUCAUAUGUAUCUUCACUCUGGUCAUCGUCGUGUGUUGUGUUUUAUACAUAACACAUCAAUAUCUAAAAGCAUGUUUUGAUACAUAUAUUAUGAACAGAAGACCAAGUGCAGUAAAAGUGUCCAGAGAGCGUGAUGAAAACACAUGCUUCUUAGACAAAGUGUUCACUCUUCCCUUCAAUCAGAAUAAAAUAAAUAAAAAGGGGAACUCAGGUUUGAACGUGUUGACUGAGGAUGAGGAGAUGCAUUCAGAAGGAGCCAUGCCACUCACUGCUCCUGUUCAUGCACUUCAUUCCUCUUCAACAGACAUAAACACUAUCACUGAACUUUCAGAUACCAGCAAUGAUCAGCAAGUUCAUCUGAGAAAUUCGGAGGAAAAUGUGAAAACAGAUGACUUCCUGAGUGGAGCGACACUCAGUGAUUGGGGAGGAAUUAGAAGACGAAGCAAGAGUUGGACAGGAACCAUUUCUACAAAUGACAGAACUGUACAUCUCAAAAAGGAGGACAAUUUCAGGGAGAGAAUAAUGACAAGUUCUUUAAAGUAAAUUCCUUUUUUCACUCCUUUUAUCAAAGAUUUGAAAAAAGAGUAACGGAAGCCAUGUAUGUUAAAAGGCCAUCUUGAAACAAAAAUGGAGGUCAGCAACAUGACCUGUCAUCAACUUCCAUCCAUCCAUUCAUUUUCUACCGCUAAUCCCUUUCGGGGUGUCGGGGGGUGCUGGAGCCUAUCUCAGCUACAAUCAGGCGGAAGGCGGGGUACACCCUGGACAAGUCGCCACCUCAUCGCAGGGCCAACACAGAUAGACAACAUUCACACUCACAUUCACGCACUAGGGACAAUUUAGUGUUGCCAAUCAACCUAUCCCCAGGUGCAUGUCUUUGGAGGUGGGAGGAAGCCGGAGUACCCGGAGGGAACCCACACAGUCACGGGGAGAACAUGCAAACUCCACGCAGAAAGAUCCAGAGCCUGGGAUUGAACUCGGGACCUUCGUAUUGUGAGGCACAUGCACUAACCCCUGUUCCACCGUGCAUCAACUUACAAUAUUCUAACAUCUCUCCUCAGAAGAAUAGGCCAUUUUCUACAAGGAACUUUUUCAGGAACUUUCCCACUUAUCCGAGUAAAUAAAGUGUAAACACGCUACUGUAUAUAAAUCUAAUCCAUUAAUAAAGCUUAUUGGUGUUGUAUACUUUUACUAUUUACAUUAGAUAUCCACUAAAUGUAAUAUAAAUAUAACAUCUCAGAUUAUAUUUGUCAUUUCAGAGCCAGGACUAUUUCCUGAGCUCUGUCAUAUAUAUUUAAAUUGAAUGUCAUUACAUGUGUCAUGCUGUAGAUUUCCGUGUUUGUUUAUUAAGUUUCUAUUAGAAAUAUGAUGUACAGUAUCAUCAUAAUCAUAAACAUGACACAUCAUGUACAUUUGUGAUGUAAUCAAAUAAACUGAUGUCUGACACUAAUAAAUCCUGAAGGAUAUUUUUGGGAAAAAAUAACUGUAAGAAUAGUAUGACCCAU